AUGUUGUUCAUCUUUCAAGAUCUCUUAUCAUCUCUUCUGCUUCCUUUACUCACUUUGGUGAUUGCCAUCCUAUCAAAAUGGUAUUUCUUUCCUUCAAAAAUCAUAAAAAACCUACCACCUUCUCCAACAAAGCUUCCAAUAAUCGGAAACUUGCACCAACUAGGCUCAAGUCCACACCGUUCUCUCCAAGCUUUAGCCAAGAAACAUGGCCCUCUCAUGCUCCUUCAUUUCGGCCGUGUGCCUGUUGUCGUAGUCUCUUCUGCUGACGCAUCUCGAGAAAUCAUGAAAACCAAUGACUUAUUAUUUGCCAAUCGCGCCAAAUCAAGCGUCCCAAGCAUACUAUCUUAUAAUGCAAGGGACAUUGCAUUUGCCGAUUAUGGAGAGUAUUGGAGACAGAUCAAAAGCAUUGCUGUCCUCCAACUACUAAGCCAAAAAAGAGUUCAAUCCUUUCGUCGAAUGAGAGAAGAAGAAACAGAUCUCCUUAUCGAAAGGAUCAAAAAUCUCAGCCGCUCAUCUUCUUCUGUCAUUAAUUUAAGUGAGUUGAUUAUUUUACUAACAAAUGGUGUCAUUUGUAGAGCUGCAUUGGGCCGGAAACACGAAGACAAGAAAUUUAAAGAGCUAUUUGCUCACUUUGUGGAGUUGCUUGGUGUUUUUAGUGUUGGGGAUUAUAUCCCCUGGCUCUCGUGGGUGGAUCGUUUAAACGGAUAUGAUGCUAGGGCAGUGAAAAUUGCUGCCGAAUUUGAUACAUUUCUUGAAGGCGUGAUUAAAGAGCACGUCGACAAGAAUAAACAAACGUCUAGCAGCGACAAUGAUGAAGACAAAGAUUUUGUGGACAUUCUACUUGAAAUACAGAACGAAAAGGAUGCUAAUUUCGCUCUUGACAGAGAUACUGUUAAGGCUCUUAUCUUGGAUGUGUUCACUGGGGGAACUGAUUCAACUUACGCGACGCUAGAGUGGGAACUCAGUGAGUUACUACGUAACCCACAAACACUGAAAAGACUACAAAACGAGGUGCGCCAAGUAGCCAAAGGAAAGCCGAGGAUCACUGAUGAAGACCUAGAACAAAUGCACUAUUUAAAGGCCGUUGUCAAGGAAACGUUCCGAAUGCAUACACCACUACCAUUACUUGUCCCUCGUGAAUCGACCCAAGAUGUUAAGGUAAUGGGUUAUGAUAUUGCAGCCGGGACACAAGUCUUGAUCAACGCGUGGGCUGUUGGGAGAGACCCGUGUAUAUGGGUCAACCCGGAUGAGUUCCAGCCCGAAAGGUUUUUGAACAGUUGUGUUGAUUAUAAAGGGGUUCAUUUUGAGUUGACCCCAUUUGGUGCUGGCAGGAGGAAAUGCCCUGGGAUUCAGUUUGCGAUGAGCGUUAAUGAGCUUGCGUUGGCUAAAUUGGUGCACAAGUUUGAUUUCGUGUUGCCUGAUGGCCAAAAAGGGGAGGAUUUGGAUAUGAGUGAGACUACUGGGAUCACUGUUCAUAAGAAAUUGCCUUUACUUGUCGUAGCAACAGCUCCAUACGUUUGA